CCUGAAGUCGGUACUUUCAUGCCUGGACCACCGAUCUUCUAGUGUUUAGUCGCACUCUAACCUGACUAACCUUGGACUAACGUGUAGUCCAGCUUCGCCAAAGCUACUUUGAAUUGAACCGCUCGCAUCGUCGCAUCAGACCACCGAUAGUUUCACACGCAACACCGACCAGCUGCAGCCUUCUCAACCUCGACUGACCUUGCUGGACAACACACACAAGGAGGGAUCAUCAUGACUACAGCACACAGGCCCACCUUCGAUCCCGCUCGUGGCAAGGAAGCCCUGCGCGGUCCUGCCUACCACCAGCGCCUUCUCCCGGCGCACACUCAACUCAAGUUCAGACAGCCCGGCCAGGGAGGCGACGCAGAUGCAGAUGAGCCCCGCGAUCUACGCGCAGAACUCCUCGCCGCCGAGGCUGCCCACUUCGCCAAGAAGAACGGCACCCCUCUCCCACCAUCUGGUGACCAUGAGCCCAUCUCCGGCGGUGCAGCCUCCAAGCGACCUCUGGAGUUGACCUCGGGCCAAGAAGCAGCAGAAGGAGAAGACCUGGAAGCCAAACGGAGAAGAGUGCUAGAAGAGAGUAGAGACAUAGACGCGGAUUCAGAAGAGGACGACGAAGAUGAGGACAGUGAUGAUUCCAGCGACGACGACAGCGAUGAUGAGGCGGCAGAGCUCCAGAGAGAGCUGGCCAAGAUCAAGGCCGAACGCGCUGCCAAGAGACAAAAAGAAGAGGAAGAGCACGCAGCAAAAGAACAGGAGGAAAGAGAAAAGGACAUUGCCCUGGGCAAUCCACUGCUGAACAAGCAAAACUUCAACAUGAAGAGAAGGUGGGACGACGAUGUCGUCUUCAAGAACCAAGCACGAGGCACCGAGGAGAAGGGCAAGAAGAAGGAGUUCGUCAACGAUCUUCUGCGCUCCGACUUCCAUAAGCGAUUCAUGGGCAAAUACGUUAGGUAGACGCGCUACGCCUCCGACAUGGUUCGAAAAAUCAGUACUGUAUUGCAUGGUUCGAGAGACGUCCACGACGAGUUCAGGUCAUACUUUCCGGCUUUUGUGGUCACGGAUCUCAAUCAAGCACGUGUGCCAAUCGAGAGCAUCGAUCUAAAUGCUUGGCUGCACCUUGAGUAUUUCGCUAGGGUAGAUGCUGGGUCCAACCAUUGCGCCACUUCGCAAUACCCUAAGCUUAUUCAUCUUCUCCACGACGAGGUAUUCGAUCCCAGACCGUUCCUU